UGAGCCCGCAGCCGUUUCAUCUGGGUUUACUUCGCAGCGGGCGGACGUGCUGGACUGAGUGGAGGGACGUUCGCUGGAUUAUUGUGGUGUUUUUCUGUGCAGUAAACUCAUGCGUUAGCGGGCCACCAAAAUGAGUGGACCACCCUAUUAUCCUCAUGUGUACCGGCCGGCCGGUCACGAGGCGUCUCCGUACCAGCCGGCGGCCAGCGCGGCCAUCUCGCCGCCCAUGUCGCAGGGCCGGCUGCCCUACUCGAGCGGCGCCAGCGGCGUCUACCAUCCGGCCGGCGUGGUGGUGACCGCGCCCGGGCCGGCGCCCUCGCACCACGACGUGCGCUGGCAGCAGGCCGUGGCGGCCGCGGCGGCCGCCGCCGCAGCGCCGUCACCCUACUCGGUACGCAGCACACCGCGCUCCGGUAUGCCGGACCACGGCUCGUAUUUUGGCAUGCAAGGCCUCAAGGCCAGCGACGAGCCAUUGUUCAGCCGGGACACGAGUGGCUGA